GUUGAUAAUCCAUUGAAAAUCUCGAAACCCUAGCUAAUUUGGUACUUAAUGUUCUAGGGGAAUCCCUCUCCAGCCUCCCGAGAUUGAACCUUGGCGCGAUUGACCCCGCAACCUGAUAAUUGCUUUCGGAAUAUGGUCUCUGCUAGCUUAUUGAAGCGGUGCCAAGGGGGUAACGGUUUUUAUGUCACCUGCCUCCUGUAGCCGCUUUUGCUCUGUUUGAAGCGGGGAUAUCCCCCCUAUCCCAAAAGUUACGUGUUUGAUAAUUUCUGAGUUGACGAUAGCUGUGUAGAACUCAUAAUGGAUUCACCGUUUUUGAUGCAACAUGCCAUUUAUCGACGCCGUCCUCUCACCCCAGGCGUUGGCCAAUUUCGCGUUCUAAUCCUCCACCCUAUCACAGCGAAUCCUCCUGACACCAACCUUCGAGGAACUCUCCUUGUGUCAACUCUUGAACAUGAGAGGAACAACUUUGAAGCAUUGUCGUAUGUCUGGGGCAGUCCAGACUUGCCUACGACCACCAUUUUGAUUGAUGACAUCCCAUUUGAAAUCACCACACACUUGGCCGCUUUCCUCCACCACCUUCGGCUGGUUGACGAGUACGUGCGCGUCUGGGUAGAUAGAAUUUGCAUCAAUCAGAAUGAUUACGACGAAAAAUCAGACCAGGUCGCACUUAUGGCCGAUAUCUACCAGUCAUGCAGCCUUGUUAAUGUUUGGCUGCCGCGCCCAACGGAAACAACAAGGCCUCGCGAUAGGAAUACGGCUAACUUGGGAGGUCUGCUGUCUUUACUUAUCGGCGAGCAUUUCCAUGACAUUCCAGGGUUCAGAGUAAACCAAACUACCGGAAAACAAACCUUUGAGGAAACGGAGGAUUUCUGUGCUCUCUGGGAUGAUUUUCUUUUGCUGGCAGAGAGCCCUUGGUGGACCAGAGGGUGGACUGUGCAAGAAGCCUUUUUACCGCCGACGGUUCGAUUUCUUCAUAAUGCUGCAGACCCUUGCGAUCUGCCACUCAUCCAUCAUGCGAUAGGGCGGACGAGUUAUUUUAGCGAUACUCGGCCGCCCUGCUGCGCAGAAGCUCUUGAUAUCUUCCCACAGGAAAAGUAUAAAGCCGUAUGGGAUUUCUUUCACCAUAUUCGAAAGUUGUCACAUCGUCGUGAUCUUUACUUGAAAACACGUUCUGCAGAUGGAAGAGAUUACUUUUAUAUCGUUGUUUCUACGUUCGCCGCACGUCAAUGCCAACAAGGCAGGGACCGUAUCUACUCACUUUGGAGCGCAGCCGGAAAGUUUUACAAGAGUCACAUACCCAAUUAUAAGAUUCCCGAAGAGGAAGUCUUCAGCUCAGUUUUCAAAGGCAUGUUGCGUGAGUCGCGGAGCCAUCUUAAUAUUAUCUUCAGCUCUGGGAUGGAUUUUCGCGUGUUUCAGGGGUUGAAUUUUGGCCCUAGCGCAAAAGGAGCCAACCAAAAGCCUACCUGGGUUCCCGACUUUUCUCAAAGCUGGAGCGAACGGACUGUGGAAGCAAACUUGGAUAGACUUGCUAUUUCAAGAAUGUAUCGAGCAUCGGGCUGGUCAAGGGGCCGAGCCAAAAUAAAAGGGAAUGAACUUCGCUUAAAAGGUUUCCUAGCAGAUCGGAUUCAAAUAGUUGGUCCAGUAAUGAUAGACCCUUAUGACUCUACAUCCGCAAAGACGACGUUGUCACAGUGGAAGGUUAUGAUACAGAAAUGGGGCGCUACUCAGAAGCUAGAUGCCCAAACUUGCUACAGACAACUAACCGCAACAAUCUGUGGAGAGGUAUGUGGUGAGUAUGUAACGGAUAAACAACAGACACUCUUGAAGCGCAGGUUUAUCCUAUCCGAGAUGGGUAAGACAAACAUAGUCAGGUUGUUGAUCGAGCUUGCGUUUCAGCAAAUGGCCUGGAUGGAACAUUGGCGACCGUUCCGACUAGAGGAAGAUUGCCCAAAGCAGGACGAGUUAGAUGGCUUCUUUGAGAGCGGAGAUUUGUACCGCCUAACCCAUGAAGCCUAUCGUAACGCUGUAGUGGCUUCUUUAUUCCACCGAGCUCUUUACUUGACGGAUAAUGGACGAAUGGGUCUCUGUGUGCCACAGGCAACGGCGGGAGAUGAGAUAUGGGGUGUGUAUGGGUCUAAGGUGCCGUUCACUUUCAGGCCGUUGAAAAGCGCAGGCGGAUCUAUGAGGUAUCACAUGAUUGGAGAUUGCUAUUUGUAUGGCGCUAUGAUGGGAAUGCUCGUUCAAAGCGCUGUUGAGAUUAGGUUGGUGUAGUCGUUACGGAUAGCCCUCUGCACAUGCUCCAUGUAUCAAUCUGGUCAGUAUUAUAAAAAUAACUGUGAGGCUUUAGCUAGUUUACUUAUGACUCACCACAAUUUUCCGAACGUCAGCAACGAACAGCUUAUCUAGACCCUUUAGGCAUGAGGUAAAACGGC